AUGGUCGAUUUUCGCGAAGUGGACAUCUUCAUCAGCCUGGACUACGCCGGCGGCGUGACCCUUGCCGUGGACGCCGAGCUCAUCAUCGGCGACGUGGCUUCACUGGCGGUCAAGGUGAACCACUUCUCGGCCAAGAGCCGCCUGCAGUUCUCCAGGAAGCCCUACACGCACUGGUCGUUCGCCUUUUACGAGGGUGGCCAACCGAAGGCUCCUCACGCGCCUCUGACCGAGCCGGAUCGCGAGUUCUUCCGCAAGCUCGAGAUGUCUGACACGGCGAGCGGCCUCAACCGCGCGCUCAAGUACCUCGAGUCGAAGCAGUACGGCCUGCGCAUGUACGCCGUCGCCGUCGAAGAGGCCAAGCACAUACACGAAGACCUGCCGCCCGACCAGCGCACCGAGCGAGUGCGCCAGGUGUACCACCGUGUGAAAGCCGAGUACGAAAAGGAGAAAGAGGAGCGAGAGAAGACGCAGGCUCGAGCCAAGGCGCACCCGGACGAUGCGGGAUCGGCGGCGCAGGUUGCCGCCGCCGAAGAGCGUCUCAAGAACAUCAACUACUUUACUACGCUUCGGGACUGA